UAAAAGUCAGACAUCUUAAUAGAAUAAAUAUGGCGUUGUCUAAGUCCUUACGAAAGGGACAAAUUCCAGUGGUUUGUGAACUUUGUGAUGGUGGGAAUAAAAUAGAAUAUAAAUGUUUGGACUGUGAAGUUCUUAUGUGCAGUAAGUGUAAGGGCAAAGUCCAUUCUAGAUUUAAAAAUGCAAGUGAUCAUAAAGUUAAAAACAUUGAAGAACUGGGACAGUAUGAAGAAAUUGACACUUUUAACUUUAGUGAUGUUAAAUGUCUGGAGCAUUCUAAUCAGGUUUGCUGUGUCUACUGUAUGACUUGUAAAAAAGUCAUCUGUGUGAAGUGUGUUACCAAAGUCCACAAUGGACAUACUUUUAUAGAUGAAGAGGAGCUCGAAGAUAAAAAGAAGGUAAUAAGAAGUGGACAGAAGAAAGUAGAUAGAAGUGUUAAUGAUUUGUCCAGUACUUUAGACAAAGUUCAGGAAAUAAAAGACCAGGAAGAUGCCAAAUUUAGACAAACAAAGCAAGAUAUCGUAAGUCAUAGGGAAGCUUUAAAGAAUGAAGUUGAUCAGUAUGCUGAUAAUCUUGUUAAAAAUCUGGAGCAGACAUGGAAAUCAAAUAGCAGGGUCAUUGGAGCAGAACAAAGUAAGAUUGAUAAAAAAUUUACAAACUUACAGACUGACAGUAACUCUAUAAAGAGUGUCAUCACUUCCAAAGAUUUUGUCAAAUUCUUUGAUGAUUUUGAUAAGUUAGCUAUUUCAUUAAGCAAAGAUGAACCAUUGUCAAUCCUUGAGUUCUCGUUAUUAGGAAGAUUCGUGCCAGGCAAAAUUACACAUUUGAACUUUGGAUCAAUGGAGAAUGGUGAAAACUUCAAAGUACAGCAUCCUAAAAUUGAAUUUAAAGUUGCUCAACAAUUCACCACAAAAUUGAAGAAUGUUCAUCUGAUUGAAAGUUGUUCUGAUGGUACUCUGUGGAUAUCUGAUAAUACUUCUAAAAAAAUACAACAUAUCAAAUUUAAUAAAGAUGAUAUUGAGGUUAUGUUAGGUUUGGACAUACAAGUUUUUGGGAUGGUAGUAAUGAAUGCAUGCAACAACCUGCUUAUAGUAGCUGCAGGUGAAACAAGGCUUAAAAUAGUCAAUAGUACCACUGGACAGAUUACAGAUUCCAAUUAUGAUGUUCAACCAUAUACAUCACAAGCAUUACCUGAAUGUGUUCAUAUUACCAACGAUCACAGAGUUAUAGUAGGUGUAAGAAGAGGGAAAACAAAGGGUGCUGUGAUAGUGAUGAGUCAAGAUGGCAGACAUCUGGCAAAAUAUGAAGAAGACAGUAACAAAGAACAAUUAUUUACAUGCCCUGGAGACAUUACCAGCACCAAAAAUGGUUAUAUCUGUGUCAUAGAUGUGGUAGAUUCUGAUCAUGGAAGAGUGAUGGUUUUAGGAAAGGAAGGAGAAAACAAACAGGUAUACACUGGUCAUCCAAAAACCAAUGAUAAAGAAAAGCUAUUUUUACCUGAAAACCUGCUUACAACACCAGCAGAUAAUAUUGUUAUUACAGAUAUCUGCACUGGUACACUACAUAUCUUAAACUGUGAAGGGAACUAUAUUGGUUAUUAUAAUGCCAAUGACAUUGGAAUAAUAUACCCAUGUAGUCUUGCUUUGUCUACAGAAGGACAUAUGCAUAUAGGAUGUUCAAAUAAAAGAGAAAGCCCAGAAACAUUAAAAGCCAAACUAUAUGAGUUGGAAUAUUCUGGAUUCUAGUGAUUUAAAACUGUGUAAAAACUAAUAAAGGAUUGUUCAUAGCUAAACAAGAAACAAUUCAAUUCAUAUAUUUAUUGAUUAUAACAAUUGAAAUUUUAUAAAACUUGGAGCAUAUAAAGGAAAAUUUUUAAUCAAAUAAAUAACAGAAAUUCAGUGUUAGAUUUAGAGAGACUUUCACAUAAGUAAAGAACAAGAGUGAUAUUGAGUGACUACAUUCUAGAUGUAUCCAGUGAAAAGGAAUGAAUCAAAAAGAUGAAUUGUACCAUUUUAUUUUAGAUAUGAAUAUAAACCUUUACAAAAAUUUCGCUUUAACAUUACAUUUGUCAUUUGUACACAUUUAGAUUAACAUUUUCAAAAUAUGAAACUACCUGAACAUUUACAAGGACAUGCAACCACAUGGCAUUGACAAUGAUUGAAGUUCUUCAUUUGAUUUCGGGUGAACAUUAGCUACAUCUUAUGUAACACUAGACACACUACCAACAAUUGUGUCAGAAGUAGAAGUCAUCAUCAAUGAUAGACCAUUGACCUAUGUGUCACCAAUUUUGAGGACCAGAAGCCAUUAAAUCUGUGACACCCUCAGUCGGGUAUUAGAAAAAGUUCUGCUUCACCUACACCACUAUAAAAACCUUGAAUACUGUUUCACUUGAGAAACUUGAAGACAUUACUGUGAAUAGUAGAAAAUAUGAACUGUCAAAAAGUUUGAAUAAACAUUCUAUUCUAACACAUUCGGAAACUCUGGAAAUCCAAAAAUAGAUAACAGCACUUGGAGAAUUAAAUCGUGUAACUUGAAACAAUGCCAGAACAAUUCAAACCAAAACUGUAGAAUUAACAUUAAGGAAAGGAUGAUUUCAUGCAGAUAACACUGAUCAGGACUAAAGCAUGAUGUACAUUAAAUCGUAUAAUAAAACAAUCCACUGAAAAUCUGUGGGAACAUCACCAUCUUAUCACCAUCUAAAGGAAGAGGAAGACUAUUCUACUUCUUUAUCUGUCUGAACUUGAGAAACAUUUAGAAAUACACUACUUCAAGUUGAACAACUAACCGCUAUGUUUAUUUAUAUAGAUAUAUUGCUUAAAAUGAAUGCUGAAACUUAAUGAAUAAUUUAAUUUAAUUCAAAAAGAAAGUUGAUUCAUUUCAUAUUAUAACACUUGAUUGAAGUUAAAGUGAUUCAUGAUUUAUAUUUUGAUAUUUUUGCCAUGCAGUCCUUCAAAAUGUCAGUAAUUUGCCAUGAUUUACUUCAUUUUGGACAUUGCUAACUGACUCUUAUCUUUUAUGGCAUUGCAUUUAUAUAGCAAUAGAAAGAUGUUGAAUAUAUUAAAGAUCAGCAAAUCACAUUUUCUCUAGAUUACCAAAGAAAAUAUUAAAUGUUUUUGAUUUUCAAAAACUUAUUUGGAAACUGGAUAAUAUUAAAAUACACUAUUUAAUUUUAUUUAUAGAAAUUGUUAGAUUUGGAUAUGGAUUAUAAUAUAAUUGCAGUUUUUGUGAAAAAUCUUGAUUGUGCCAAAUUUUAAUUUGACCUGAACUCAGAAUGUUAUAUAACUAUAGCUGAAUACCAAUACUUUUGAUUUGUUCUGUCACAAAUGUAAUGCUUAUUAUUAUCUAUGUAAAUAAUGCAAAACUUGUGAAUAUCUUGAAUAGAAGUUAUUCUGUAGAAAAUCUUCCUUGUCUGUCAACUUUCAUACAUUAUUAAUAUAUUAAAACUGAAUUUUUGGAUAUAUAUCAAAGAGAGAGCAA